UCCGUCAUCGCAUGGGAGUUCCUCCACUAUCAGACCCGUUAACAGCAGUCGGCGUCGAGGCACCCGCUAUAACGUCUCUCACAUCCCCGGGUGCCGGUGCUCGCCCGUUCCUGACCUGUCCGGCCGAUGGGCCGCACGGAAAUCAGUGUUUCUAAAAGCCGGAAGCUUGUUCCACAUCGAUACGUGCAUCAUCAUCCAGCGUACUCUGUCCACGAGGCGGUCGCGACAUCGAUUCCGACGUCAGUUGUCAAAACGAUAGACGAAUUUGGACAUAAGACAUCGAGGGUGAUUCCAGUGAGACACUUCUUGGCAGGAUCGCCGAAGAAUCUUUUGAGAUUUACAAGGAAAGGGUUGAUCUUCGGCAAAGAUUUCUGAGGAAGACAGUGUCGGUGAAAGGGAUUAUUUGAACGACCAGCAGACAGCGUGUAUUUGUAGUUUGUUCCUGUAUAAUCAGAGAAAAUUUUAAGGGUGAAUGGUUCGCCGGCACUGCGGUGGUGCGAAACACGCUCCUUGAACGAGGGGGCGAAUGUCGUGUACAGUGAAAAAAGGAUUGUUGUAAGAGAAAAGUGAUCGAACCGUUAGAGCAGGAUGAUGGAAGUGCAGCAGCAGCACUCGCCUGUAGGGGUGGGUCCUCUGGACUUCUCGCGCAGGGGUGUCGCGGAAGCAUCGGCGUUCCGGGUCGUCAAGCCAAAACAGUCGGCCUCGUCGUUGGUACAUCAACAAGCGUUGUCACCGGAGACGAAUAACAACGAGAACCCUCAAGAGAACUCACAGAUUCCCGUUGAAGGCGAAGGAGGAUGCAACGUACGCUUAAUGUUCCCGAGACUAUGGGCCCCGUUCGGAAACGCUACUGAAGUCACGAAUCUGCCACCUUUGCCUAAAAGUCAUUCAGACCGACUAUCGUUCGGAGUUGGCCGGCUGGUUGGCUCCCCGGUAACGAGGAGUCCUUCACCGUCGCACUCGCCCUGUUCAGACUCUCCGCCGUCGGACCGUCGAGAUGGGGAAGUGGACGUGGACGUGGAGGAAGAGGAAGUGGACGUGGACGUUGAGGAAGUUGGCGACGAGGACGAUCGCGACGCGACGUCGAGUCCACCGCGAUCCUCGACAACACCGUCGCCCAGCAGUGUGACUACGUCGCCAACGUUGAAUCCGCCGAAGAAAUCCGGCGAUACAUUCAGCGUUUCCGCUCUCCUCAGGCCGGAUCCGCCGUCUGCUCACCUGCAAAACGCCUCCCCGCACAGAGACACGACGACGAUCGGAGCGCAUCCACCACCGCCUGGCUCCUCGAUACUCUAUCCGCCUCUGCAUCUUCAGGGUGGCCUGUUACCACCCCAUCCACAUCAUCCUCUCUCGUACCUGCAUCCUCAGUUGCUUCCGCAUCAUCUAUUACCGCCACACUUACACCCACUGCUUCGUAGCGUUCACCCAGGCCACCCUGGCCUCCACUCGACUCAUACUGCGCACGGGCUUCAUCAUCAUCCUUUGGGCGACGUUUACAGCUGCGUCAAGUGCGACAAAAUGUUCAGCACGCCUCACGGACUCGAAGUGCACGCAAGGAGGUCCCACAAUGGAAAGAGACCGUUCGCCUGUGAACUGUGCAAUAAAACGUUUGGCCAUGAAAUCAGUCUUACGCAACACAGAGCUGUGCAUUCCGCGGAGAAGGUUUUCGAGUGCAAGCAGUGCGGCAAGGCGUUUAAACGUUCCAGCACUUUAAGUACUCAUCUUUUAAUCCACUCGGACACGAGACCAUACCCCUGCCAGUUCUGCGGGAAGAGAUUCCAUCAGAAAAGCGAUAUGAAGAAGCAUACCUACAUACAUACUGGCGAGAAGCCGCACAAGUGUCAAGUAUGCGGCAAGGCGUUCUCUCAGAGUAGCAACCUGAUCACGCAUUCAAGGAAGCAUACGGGUUUUAAGCCGUUCGCCUGCGAGCUUUGCGGCCGGGCCUUUCAGCGCAAAGUCGAUCUGCGGAGACAUCGAGAGACCCAGCACGCCGAUCUGAAUACGUCGCAGCGAGCCGCGUCCAUCGGAACCAUCCCCGGUCAGAAUUCACUACCGAACGGCAAUCCUCCGAUGAUGCAGUGAAUCAUCAAACAACGAUUGGCGGAACUUCCGUAAGCCUUUAUCCUCCAAGAAGAACAGAUCGAGUUCAUUUGGAAACGGUGCAAUCGAGGAAAUGUCCGACGCGAAAGAUUCUACUUUCCUCACUCUGUAGUAAAAACGAACGUUUUACACUGUUAGAGGAGGUACAGGCCGACUUGUACAUUUAACGAACUACUGUAUUUAUUAUUUAAUGAUUCGUUUUCGGUUUUCCCAAAGUGCAAUGUGAAGCUUCUCCGUAGAGUGCGUCAUCAGAAUUCGCCGAGAAUGGAAUACUACCGUCUACAUUCCGAUUCCAAGACGGUGAUCGGGAAUGAACACAAGUGUGCAAAGUGAUAUAAAGCGCGUGAACGUUGAUACCAAAGCUGUACAUUCCAUACUUCGGCUCGAAUAAGAAGAAUGUAUUAUUGUAUAGUACGCGAUCAGAACUUCGAUGAUUCUUUUUCCUGGAGUCACAUUUCCGAUGGAUUCCAUUUAAACGAGAGAUGAAUGGUGUCCAGUGAUCCGCAACGCAGUGAGAUGAGAUCCUUUUCGUUUCGAGUGCCGCUAAUCUCCGUGUUGAAUCGUUAAGUAUCGAUAAUCGUUCACUGUAUUUCUCUCUUAUUAAGUAGACGUUUACGCGAUGUUCAUUGCGACGAUUAAACGAGUUCGAUUCAAUCGUACAGUUCAUUAAAUGCCACUGUAACGACGUUUUGGGAUCUCAUAGAGGAAAGUGCAACAUGAAAUUUAUUUUGCUCAUUAAUCGCUACUAUUCUAAGACGAAAAUAUUCACGGGUUUCGUUCGAUCGUCGAUAAUAGACAACGCGUAAGAAAAGUACCAUCAGCGUACUGUAUUUUGCAUAUCUCCAGCACCUAUCGUUAAGGAAAGGGCAUCACACACUCCAACAGUGACCAAAAAAUCUUGUAAAUAACACAUAGACUGUAUUUCGCCUAGCUUAAGCGUAUAAAUAUAUACAUAUUAUAAAUAAAGUCAAGACGAGGCUAUAAAUAUUAUAAAUAGAAACAGGAAAUGGCGUUCGGAACUGAUUUGUUCUAAUUGAAUAAGGGAAUGAGGAUCAUUCCCCGCGUCGAGUCUCGCUAAGAAGCAAGUGUAUUCUUUCUCUCUUUACGCUACUGAAGUUUUUAUUGUUGUACCAUUCCUACCAUUAUGUAAUUAUUGUAAUUAGAGAAUUCGCUAUUAAUAUUAUUGCGAUUAUUAUGAAUAUUAUUAUUAUUAACAAUAAAUGCUGUUACCAUUUGUAAUUCGUUCUCUCAAUGUCACAAUCGAUCCCUCUCUUUCCGAGUUAUUCAGGCACCGACUAACUCUUCACGAUUAA